AUGUACGUGUGUGGAGAAGGCGGCGCCGGGCCGCGGUACGAGUGCGCCUUCGACGGUGCCAUGGAACAGCCCUUCGACGAGCACAUGUUCAGCGAGUUCGGCAAGGAGAGACAGGUGCAGGUUGUUGUGGGAGCCGGCGGGGAGCUGCAGUACCGUGAUGAGCUGCCGGUGUAUGCGACGGCUGAACAGAAACGGAAGGAGGAACCGCUGCUGCUACAGGCCGUGGAGGUACAGCCGUCCCAACACUCGCAGCACGUGCCAACAACCACCACCACCACGACAACCUCGAAGAAAAGCGACAAGAAGAAAAGUGACAAUAACGGCAUUAAAAAGAAAAAGACGAGAACUACUUUUACUGCGUAUCAGUUGGAAGAAUUGGAAAGAGCCUUUGAACGUGCUCCAUAUCCUGAUGUGUUCGCAAGAGAGGAACUAGCUCUGAAGUUGAAUUUAUCCGAAUCAAGAGUUCAGGUUUGGUUUCAAAACAGAAGAGCGAAAUGGCGUAAGCGUGAACCACCAAGAAAAACAGGAUACAUAGGAUCCAGCUCACCAAGUUCUACCACAUUGGGUGGUGGCUUUUCGGGUAUCGGCGGCAACUUGCCAGCAUUCCCACAAAACGGCUUACCAGCACCUUCAGAUUCUUGGUCCUACCAACACUCGUACGAACUUUCAUCACAUCAUUUGCUGUCUUCGGGCAGCAGUGGUUAUCCCGCUUUCAACACGCAACCGGCUUAUUCUUAUACCACAGUGCUGAAUGGACAUGACGGACAAAUGUUCGCGCCACGGCAUUCAUACGAGUACGGAGAAGGCAGCCCGCCCCCGCUAGGCGUACGUGACUAUCCCAUGAUUGCUUCACACUCCCCGCAGAUGGAAACCCACGGGCAUGAAGAUAAAUUAGAGUACCGUGGCCACGAACAUGAGGACAAAUAUUCAGCGUGUGCCUUACAAGAGGAACCGCCGCGGUACACCUCACCACCCGAAGAUUAUGACAAAUGUAAUAUGGUCCCUCAUGACAAACAUUACGAAAUCGAUCGCCACUCUGAACUAGCACAGCCUGUUGUAGUCAAAAUGGAACCCAGCCCCGGCCAAGCAUACACGUCACUGCCCCCUUUUUUGAAUUGA